AUGCCUAGGUGGCUCUCCACUACUUACCACACCACUACCAGGCAGUAUGAUGCCGGGAGUCGUCAAACCAAACGGCCACGCAGUCUACACUCCCAUUUCCUUUAUAUAAACGAGGAGUUUCGCCAUCCAUUUGGCAAUAUAACCAUUACAUAUCACUACCAACUAUUGAGGUCCAGAUUCGCACCAUAUAAUCAUGAAGAUAUCAGUUUUGAUUGGUGUAGUGUACUGUGUGACGCCCCUUGGUUGCCAGUGGAGGGCAGAUGCUGGUACACUCACACCAACGCCAGGGAACACACAAUCUGCGCUCCUACUCCACGAAGAAAACAUCUUCUGGGGUGGUGGUUGCUGCCCUUCCACACCCACAACAAAGACCUCUGGAGAAUUCGUUACAGACAACUCUUCCCAAGUAGAAAGAAUGGAGACGAUUUCUGUCAAAAGCGCUGGUGGGUCAUCAUUGAACGACUUACAGGAGUUGAAACUUCAGGUUAAGUCAUUAGCAACUGAGGUGAAGAUCUUUGUUGACGGUAGCAGUACGUCGGGCGUCCUCCCACACUUCUGACACAGCACCGGCCUCUGUCCGCCGGCCCCGCACUCCGACCGUCAUCCCUUCCUGCUCAGCCUGGACGAAAAACUCAAUUUGGCUCUGAUUGGUUCUCUUCCACACGACGCUAUAGCCCAAGUCCGCAUACACUGGCUGCUGGACUUAAUACAAGGAAGCAUAGAGAACGGGACUCCUCGGUACAACUUCACUCAGUUGGACGUGAUGAUGGACCACCUGCACCAGUACCACUUGCGACCUGGAUUCGAACUCAUGGGUAACCCUGGAAACAUCUUUACCGACUUGGAGAACAUUACCCAAGUGUUGUGGUGGAGGAGGCUGGUGGCUGAGACUGCUAGGAGAUACGUGGGUCGGUACGGACUGGAGUGGGUGUCAUCGUGGCGUUGGGAGAGCUGGAACGAACCGGACCAUCACGACUUCGACAAUCUUAAUUUCACGAUCCGAGGUUUCCUCAACUACUAUGACUCUUGUCGUGCUGGUCUGGACGAUGUGAGUAACAGGCUGGUGUUGGGGGGCCCAGGGGGGUCGUGUAGGGCUCCAGGGUACUCCAGGAUGUGCUGGGCUCUCCUGCAACACUGUCACAACGGCUCCAGCUUCUUCACCCCAGGACGGCCUCCCAGAAUCGACUUUAUAUCCUUCCAUAAGAAAGGAGAGGAAGACGCUGACAGCAUCCUGACGAAGGAAUGGUCCACCGCCGUCAUCAUCAGAAGGAACUACCCCAGCCUCCGUCACCUGCCUUUACUAAAUGACGAGGGUGACUUCCUGAAAGGGUGGUGGCAAGGGGUGGCGUGGCGGGCCGACACUAGGUACGCGGCGUUAGUGUGCCGGGCAGUGUACACCCACCUGGAGGUUCUGCCUCACCUCAACUACCAACUCAUCAGCUUCGACAACGCCUUCCUCAACUACAGGCCAAGUUUCUUCAACCAGAGGACUUUGAUGGCCAGGUUUCAGAUCAACUCGACGACCCCGCGUCAGGUGCAGCUGGUAAAGAAGUCAUCCUACGACGUGAUGGCUGUGUUGUCGCUGCUGGGGGACCGCACCUUGACCUACACCCUACACCAUCACGACCCAAGGUUAUCAUUUGUAUCGUCGUGCCGUAACUGUCAGCCAGGACAUCAAAGAAACAACGAUCGGCAUUUCCAAAACACCAACUCUAAUAUGCAUCCCAGUGCAGCUUCCUCAGAAGACACACCGGCACUAAACACCCAAGAAAAUAUUUCUCCUCUCCAUAACGACCAAAAUGGAAGUCAUAACAUAAAUUAUCCCGGGACUCCAGAAAAGUACCUGCUGGGCGCGGCGGAGCCUCGGCCUGGCGUCCAUGAGAGAACUGUAAGCGAUCACAACUUUGAGAGAAAACGGGAAUCUAGAAUUUUCCAGACUCGUGAACGGGAACCAAGAUAUAGAGGACAGAAAACCAUAGACGGUAGAGACAAUAUGUUAAGGGAGAAGAAAAAUGCAAAGAAUAAAAGUAAACAUAUUGAUGUUGAGAAUAUAAAGCAAGAUAAUACAAACAAAGCUACGACUCCAAAAAGAUUAUUUAGAUCAACCAACACGGACGAGGUACAGCAGGGGGCGAUAACAGUCAGCAAGACGUGGGAAUCAACGCUUCUGUUGUCGCUAUCCAACGGCACUGAGAAAUCCAAGACGGUUAGACUGAGAGCGAGAGUGGCUUUGGCUCUCCCGAAGUUCCUGAUGGGAGAACAGUUGAUGAUGGUGACCUACCAGCUGGGGUCACGACAACAAGGAGCCUGCAUGCCUGUUGAAGUCGGAUUCCCUGAGCCUAACAGAACACAACUGGCAUAUCAGCUCCCUCAUGAUGCUGAAGUGCAGCGGGCGUGUAGGUGUGGGAGGUUGGGGUAUGCUAUGGGUCAGUUCAUCAUAUUGUGCAGCUUUUUCUACCCUGUCGUGCUGGUGGAGUUGAUGGAGGACCUUUAG